AUGUUGCUGCUGCCGCCGAAUCGGUUAGAACUUGAUCGUAGCGCUUGGAACUUGAGCCGUUUGCUCUCCAAGCGCAGCUCACCUCCCCCAGCGCUGGAGGCACGUCAUGGACCUCAACAACAGGAGCGUCUGCCACGGUCUUCCUCUGUGUCAGGAGGUGCCGUCAGGCUUGUCGCCACCGCGGGAAGCGUAUUGCUGGGACUGUCCCAAUCGGCGCCUCGAGUCGCUGCAAGCAGAACAGCUCGCCGAUGUCUCGUGCUCCGACACGAUGCAAAAAUGGAGCUACCUGCGCCGAGGCAUGUGCAGCUGGAAGACGCUCGCGUCGCCAUCCGAAAACUAACUCAGGACGGCGAGCUGGAAGUAUCGCUGCUACAGGGCUUAUUUCAGCAGGCGGAACUGCAGGAGCUGGUUCGAGUUUGCGAGGCGCGGAACGGUUUUCAAGCCAGCCUGCAGCGAACUUCCUCUGGGGAGUUUCGGAAGGAUCGGAUGCGCACGUCAAGCUCCUGCCCCAUGUUGUGGCCACUUUUCACACCCCCGGAGCGGGUUCUGCAGCUCCGGGAGGAGAACGCCAGCUUGGCAGCGGCCGUGGAGGAGGAGUUGGCGGCGGUGCUCAGAGCCGCGAAGCGCUGCGCAGAGGUGAUCGGUGUUGACCCGGCACGAGUGGAGCCUCUCCAGCUGAUACGUUACGCACCGGGACAGUAUUACAAACCCCACAUGGACACGCACGAGGAGCCACGGCGUAUGUCCUCGUAUGCAGGCGAGCAACGCAGCCACACGCUUCUGGUCUUCAUGAGCGAUAUACCUGAAGAAGACGGCGGUGGCCAUCUCCACUUCCCCGAACUGGGACUGCGCAUCCUGCCACGUGCUGGAGAUGCUGUGCUGUGGCCCAACUUGACGGAUGAGGGUGAGCCUAACCCGCAGGCUCUUCACGAAGGUGUCGCGCCUGUCACCUGUGAGAAGAUUGCCAUGAACGUUUGGGUCGCAGAGCGGCCUUUCACCCUGGAAUCCAUUGCUACAUGGCAGCAACGGCAGAACGAAGAGAAAGCGGCUGCAGCAGCAGCUUCAACUUGGUUGGUGAACCUCGUCGACUACGAUGUUGAGGUCAUGGCUUUCGUCUCAGAUGGUGUCGACGAACUGGCGGUCGCGGCUGGAGCUGCCAGAGCUGAUCUGGUCGGAAAGGGCCCAGAGCUGCUCGUGUUGGGCCUACGCUGUUCGAGAACGGGGUGCUGUCGCGUGCCGUUCAGCGUUCAGAAGGGAGAUCUGCUGUCGCGUGCCGACGACACGGUGGCCUUGUGCCUUGCACAAAUGGCAUCAGCAGUUCUGCGGCGAGGUGCAGACCUCACUCCGAAGGGUAUGAUCGCGCUGGACCCCAUGUGUGGCGUUGGCACGUAUCUUUUUGCCUUGCAGUGGGUCCUCGCCCGCGAUGGAGUGUCGGCCGAGUUAUUGGGAGUAGAUGCCGAGCGGGAAAGCCUUGAACAUGCUCGAUCCAAUGCUUCCCGGCAAGGCUGGCGAACACUGGCACCAGAAUUCCUGGCUGGAGGAGCUAAUCGAGCCUUCGUUGCCAUGGCUCGUGUGUGGGAUUUCUCCGCGAGCUUUGAGCCAAAGACCGUCGCCACAGCUAUGGCGCGCAUCUGGAAGCUCGACGGAUGGAAGUUUACGACGGUUCAUGAUGCAAACAACCGGCCCGUUGAUCAUUGUCCAAUCUCGCUGGAGCCGAUGGAAGAUCCUGUGCUUGUGUGUGAUGGGCACAUCUAUGACCGGAACUCCAUCACGCAGUGGAUUGCGGAGGGCAACAAGCUAUCGCCCUGUGUGGGUGACGAUUUGGCCCAUACCAAACUGCUGCGGAUUCAGCCAUUUCGCGUUGCCGUGGAACGCUUUCUCAGGCAGCGUGGAUCUGCGAGCACAUCAGCGGAGCAGGCUGCAGUCACUGCAGUCUUCAAUCAAGCGGAGGGAGACCAGGGAACUGAUCACAUGCAGACCCAUGCUGCGGUGGCAGCCAUGGUGCAGAAAAAGCUGCAGCAAAGGGUGGAGAGGGCCAACGGCAAGGGCAAGGAAAAGUCAUGCGAUCGGGCAUUGCCAGCUGGCCGCUUCGCACUUGACGCCUUGGAGAGCUCCGUCCAUGAGAACGAAGAACGGCUGGCGCAGAUGCAAGAGAGGGUGGAUGAGGGACGCCGCGAGAUGGAGAAGCUUCGGGGCAGUCUUCAGGAAGCGGCGCUCUUGCUUCUGCAGAGAUCUCUGCUGCGACAACAUCUGCAACCUCGCAGAGAGAAGGCAGCGACAAAGUUGCAGAGGUUCUUCCGCCAGCAACUCAAGCUGCGAACUUGGCGAAUCAGAGCGGAGAAGUUGGCCUCGCAUUUCGCAAGAGCCCUGGCUGCGGGCAACGAAGAGCUCGUGGCUCGCUUUCAGUCCAAGGGCGACGUCGACUACAAGAUCGCGCUUCGAUAUCUCAAGGAGGGAGAAGUCAAUCGACAACUCCAUACCGGGAUUAAUCCACUUUACACUGCGGCGAAAGCAGGUCAAACGAUCAGCGUGCGGCUCCUGCUGAAAGCUGGGGCAGACAAGGAGGUGAUGGCUGCUGCAGGAUCGGAGGAGAGCAAAAUGCACACUGUGAAGACAACCCCGCUGUAUUCGGCGGCCUCGUGUGGGCACAUUGGAGUUGUUCGGCUCUUGUGCGAAGCCCGUUGCAACAUCAACGCCGGGCCUGCAUUGACUCCACUGUUCCAUGCGGCCGAGUCCGGCCACAUGGAUGUAGUGCGUGUUCUAUGUGCUGCCAGAGCAGCCGUCAACCUGACGACGGAUACUGGUCUGGUUCCGUUGCAUGCUGCAGCAAAGAACGGAGACUUGGAAAUGGUGCUCCACCUGUUCAGAUCUCGAGCUCAACCUGACGUAGCCACAAGAAAGCCCGCCACAAUAUGCGCCUCUCACGGAAAAGGUGAGUUGGAAGCACGAAUUACGCCUUUAUUCCUGGCUGCAGGAAACGGGUUUGCCGAAGUUGUCCAGGCUCUUUGUGCUCAACGAGCUGAUGCUGGUCAAGCACUGCCGGACAGCGGAAGAACACCCUUGUACAUUGCGGCAAGAAGUGGUCACGCAGACGUUGUGAAGGUCCUCGUUGAAGAAGGCGUAAGCGUCAAUAUAAGGCUGAACAAAACCGGUUGGCUGACGCCCUUGUUAGCAGCUUCGACAUACGGUCACAUGGCAUGCGUACAGAUACUCUGCGACGCAAGAGCGGAUGUGGACGUUUCGGAUAGAGAAUUGGAUUCCACCGCAGUUCACAUAGCCUCGUCGCAGGGUCAUGCCGAUGUGGUCAAGCUGCUUUGCAAAAUGGGUGCAAACUUGAACAAAUCGCCAGCCAGUGGUGCAACCGCAGUGUACAUGGCCGCCCUCAAUGGCCACACUGAAGUUGUGCGAACUCUCUGCACAGCCAAGGCAGUGCCGGACACAGAAACCAGCAGCAAGUUCGGAAACAAGACACCGCUUUUCGUUGCUGCAAAGAGUGGGUACCUAGAGAUUGCCAAGAUCCUCUGCCUCGCUCGUUGUGAUGUACAUCGAUCCUCAUCCACCGGUGCUACUCCCCUGCACGUGGCAGCCAUGCAUGGUCAUGUGGACAUGAUGGACAGGCUCUUGAAGAGCCGAGCAGAUUUGGCCCGCGGGACCAGCAUCGGUGCCACGCCACUCCACCUGGCAUCGCUGAGCAACAAGCCGGAGGCUGUGCGCUUCUUGUGCCAGGCCCGGGCGGACAAGCAUGCCAGUGCGGCCAGGACUGGCAGCACACCCUUGAUGAUGGCCGUGCUUUGUGGUCACUCCGAUGUUGUGGACGUGCUCUGUGAGGAGGACCCGAAACGACAGGCGAAGAUGUUGAAGCAGACCGCGCUCCUGCUGCAUGUCGCUGCACGCAAUGGCCACGAGGGGAUUGUGUGGCGCUUGUGCAAGUGCGGAGCAAAUGUCAACGAAAUGGUGACACAGGACGCUCUUGAUCAACUGCAUGAAGCGACACAGCCACCUUGUGAAGAUGAGCUUGAUGCGGACAUGAGUAGAGAAGGGAUGAGAGAAGAUGAGUGGGCCGAAGACAACGGAGAGGAAGUGAAGGUAAAGCCUGAGGCCUGGGAUGCCGCGCCACGGGUGAGGGAGCCGAGGGAGCCGAGGGAGCCGGAGGCGGAUGAAGACGUGCCGGCUGAGGUCGAAGUGGAACGGGAACACCCCGAAGUCUCUUUGCACGUUGGUGCCACACCGAUGUUUAUGGCCGCCUUGCUUGGGCAUUUCGAGGCCGUGAAGGUUCUCUAUGAAGCUGGAGCCCAGGUUGACAAGACUGGGGCAAAAGAUGGGGCGACGCCCUUCAUUGUGGCAGCUCAGCAGGGACAUCUUGAAGUUGCAAAGUAUUUGCUCGAUCUUCAUGCUGAUGUUAACAGGCGCUUGACAGACAUGGGUGCCACGGCAAUCUAUCUGGCUGCAGAGAGUGGGCAGCUAGAGAUUGUACAGUUCUUAUGCAAGUACCGUGCGGAUCUAAAUCAGCCCACCAGUGAUGUCCCACAGCCUCCAUUGCUGGCCGCUGCAUUGCACAAUCACUACGACAUCGUUGCGACACUCUGUGCCGCCCGAGCAAACCUGGACCAAGUCCGGGAAGACGCCACGGAGGACACGACCCUGACAAUGGCAUCAGAGUAUGGUUUCGUCCAGACCUGCCGUAGCCUCCUGGAAGCCAGGGCCGAUGCAAACAAGGCCACAGGGUCUGGAGCAGCGCCACUUCUCUUGGCUUCCGAACACGGCCACGAAGGCCUUGUGAAGCUCCUGUGUGCCGCGCGGGCUGACCCAAACCAAUGCUUGACGACCUCUCGUGGAAUAGCCCCUCUGCCGGUUGCUGUCAGAAGGGGUUUCCUGCCAAUCGUUGAGCACCUCCUACAAAGUCAGGCAGACCCCAACAUGAAGUGCUUCCCGGCACAUCUUUCAGCCAUUAUGCUGGCAACGGAAUCUGCAAAUGCCUGCUUAGGACACACGCUCGCAACGAUGCCUGACACGCAUUUGCAUUCCGAUGUUGGUACCCCUGUGUUGUUCGUCGCUUUGUUACACCACCGGAUUGAGGUGGUGAGCAUGCUGUUGCGCCACCAAGCUGAUGCGAACCGAUGUGCGGACGACUUUACUACGCCUUUGCUGUGUGCCGUGAGUACCGGUUUGACCCAGUCAGUGCGAAUCCUUUGUGAGGCCGGUGCGGACAUCAACUUCUCACGUGCACCCCAGGUCACAGCACUCCAAUCUGCAGCAGGGGAAGGCCAAGCCGAGAUCGUGGAAUACCUUUGUCAGAAGCGUGCUGAUGUCAACCUGGAGGCUCACGAUGGAACGUUUCCCUUGCUGGCGGCCGUAGCAACCGACGACAUUGACAACUCCCCCACCGUUGUUGAGCUUCUGCUGGUCAAGGCGGAGAUCGACAAGUCUACCAAAGAUGGGAAAACACCACUAAUCGCAGCAGCUGAGCAUAACCAAGUCGAGACUGCGCGCCUCUUGCUGGGAUCUCGUUGCAACAUCAACGCUGCGAAGCAGAAUGGGACAACUGCUUUGCUCAUGGCAGCCGAGGUCGCUCCCCAAAGCUCCAACUUGGACAUGGCACAGCUCUUGCUUGAGCACAGGUCGUCAAUAAAUCGGGCAAACACUGACUUCGGGGCGACUGCCCUGCACAUUGCGGCUUCUGGAGGACAUGCGCCUUUAGUACAGCUACUCCUUCAGCAUCGGCCAUGGGUGGAUAAGCCUUCAACGAAGGGCCACACACCACUUCAUUUUGCUUGCUGGUGGAACCAUCCUGAAAUUGUCCGCAUGUUAUUGGAUGCCAGAGCCGACAAGCAUACAUGUGUUGGCAUCCAGGAAGGCAACUUCCAGGAAGGCAACAACGCCUUCCUCAUGGCCUUGUUGCAAGACAACCCCGCCGUGAUGAAAGUCCUUUGCGAGGACUCCGAGCAUCAAGACAUCGAGCUGUGCAGCGUUCUUUUACAUGUGGCUGCCAGAAAUGGCCAGUCAAAAGUUGCCGACUGCCUUUUCGAACUCCGUCGUUGCGACUUGAAUAGGCUUGUCCAGGAUGUGGAUAAAGUUGAUCUCGCUUUGGCAGCACAAAGUGUGCAGUGUCUGCACCCGUGCAACUCGGCAACAGCCAACGUCGAGGAGCCUGAAGACAAGGACUUCGAUGGUGCGGAUGCAGACGAUUUCGAGGAAGACAUGCUGCGCGGAUGGGCUGAUGUCGAUGCUGGCUAUGCUGCGAUGUAUGCGGUGGAGGUCGACCUACAGGUUGGCGCCACGCCCUUGUACCUUGCGGCCUUCUAUGGUCAUGACGAUUUGGUGUACAGUCUCCUGCGCAACCGGGCUGAUCCCGAAAUCUCUUGCAGACAUCAAACCCCGCUGAUGGCUGCAGCCCAGGAAGGAAAUUCGGAGGUGGUGAGGGUGCUUUGCGAAAGCCAAGCUAGCCAAGCUCGUCUCGACCUCGACCGAACGGACCCGCAGGGAAGGACGGCACUUUUCAUUGCUGCAGAGGAGGCACGCACGGACGUCAUCUACGAGCUGUGCAGGGCAAGGGCAGAUGUCAACAAGGGAAUAGAAGGCCUAUCACCGCUCCACAUGGCCGUGAGCGGUAACUGUACGGAGAUGGUUUGUAUGCUGUGUGCCUCCGGCGCUGACAUUGAGGGGGUGAGGGCAAGCCUACAGGAGAUGAUCAGAGAGCGUGCCAGUGAAGAACAAGGUGACAACGACAGCUCGGAGCGUUGA